CUGGAGCUGUUAGACCAAAACACUGAGGACCAGAGCAGCUUGUCAACAACUGUGCAGAAAGCAGCGACAGCCACCCAACUUUCUCAGCGUUGACCCAGCAAACUCUGAAGCUAUACCAAAACAUCGCUCACCUGUCCGGUAGACAGGCCGUCUCAAUGCAUUACAGAGGACCGAAAACACCGAGGGCGUCAUGGAUGUGUACGAUUUGUUCAGUAGUUGCAGAAAGGGCGACAUUUGUAGAGUCAGAUACCUCGUUGAACAAAGAGAUGUGGACCUCAAUGUAAGAGAUAAAUGGGACAGCACCCCUUUGUAUUAUGCCUGUCUCUGUGGUCAUGAGGAGCUGGUCCAGUACCUGUUGGCUAGUGGUGCCAAGUGUGAAGCCAACACAUUUGAUGGCGAAAGGUGCAUGUACGGCUCCCUGAAUGACUCUGUACGACGCCUGCUCAAAGAUUAUAAGUGUGUCAGUGUCCGUGCCAUGCAGCGGGAUGAUUUUAACUACUUUCUGCACAUGUUACUGGAGCAGGGUCUACACAGUGACGUCAAGUUCCUGGUUCAUGGACAAACAUUUCCCGCCCACCGCUGUGUUCUCAGUGCACGCUCAGAGUACUUCACUGAAAUGUUUGAGACCAAAUGGAAAGGGAAGAACUUGAUAACCCUCAAACACCCUUUGAUCAACCCUGCAGCCUUUGGAGCCAUCCUGCGAUAUUUCUAUACAGGACGGAUGGAUAUUGAUAUAAGCCUUGUGGAGGAUUGCAGACGACUUGCUAAACAGUGCAAGAUGGCAGAUUUCAUGGAGGAGCUGGAGAAUAAAUGCAAACAGGUGUAUGAAUUUGUGUCCAACAAGCCAGGAAUUUGUGUGAAAGUCCUGAGCCUGGAGCCGCACAGCUGUCAGCUUCAGGAGGAGAUGGCUCAGUUAGCAGAUUGUGCACUGCCCACUGAACUAAGAGUUGGAUUUGGAGAGCUUCCCUUUAACAGAGUCGACUGCUUCCCUACUUAUCCCGACAUCUGCUUCAGAGUGGAUGGUUCCAAUUUUUUGUGUCACAAGGCAUUUUUCUGCGGGCGUAGUGACUACUUUAAAGCCUUACUGGAGGACCACUUCAGUGAGGGAGAGCAGCUGCAGUCCCAGCCCAGCACCCCAGUGAUAACUUUACACAACAUCUCCCAUGAAAUCUUUAUCCACGUCAUGUAUUACAUCUACACUAAUUAUACAGAGCUAACGACGGAGAACGUGUUUGACGUGCUCUGUGUGGCUGACAUGUAUCUGCUGCCGGGGCUAAAGCGUCUGUGUGGGAAGACGCUUGCUAAGACUAUAUGUGAAGAUAACGUUCUGUACAUGUGGAAGACGGCCAAGCUUUUCCGUCUCUCUCGGCUGGAGGAUCAAUGCACAGAGUUCAUGGCCAAGAUCAUUGAGCGGUUGGUGGAGCAGGCCGAGUUUGCCGAGAUCAUCAAAGAGGACGCUGCGUCGCUGGAGGAGCGACAUGAGACUGACUCCGUCCCCCUGGUGGACGACAUCCGCUACCACAUCGCCAGCAAUGUGCAGACAUACAGCGCGAUUGAGGAGGCCAAUCAGAAGCUGGAGGCCUUGGAGGAGCUGCUGUCCAGCAUUAAUAUUGACUGUUGAAGGGUCGGUAGGUUGUGGUUUUUUGGCUGCAGCUGCUGUGGAGUUUGAGGUUUUUAGGGUGGAUGCUUUGGCAGGGGACAUACGGUGGUGCAUCUGCAGUGAGACAAAAAACAAUGAGAGGUGAAAAGAAAAAGAUAUGCUUCUGUAUGUUUGUAGGUUUUAUUUUAUUUACAGUAUAUUGUACAGAAUAUAUAUUUUGAAAGGAGUUGGUUCUAAUGUUACAGGGGCAUAUUUAGAGACAACUGUUUUUUAUGUUGGCUGUUUAAAAUUUUUUUGAGCGAGACAUACCAAAUGUGCGAAAAGAUAUUUGGUAUAAAGAAUCAUGUGAAUCUGUUGGUAAGUUUUCCAAGAUGGGUUUAGAGGAAAUUGUGUAUUGUAUAUUUACAACAGAAUAUCUUUUUGCAUUGCACAUGCAUGAAUUUAAUUUAGGCAUUAUUUGUAACUGCUAGAAUUUAGACUAGCUGGUUAUUUAGCUGUUUUAAAAUGUAGUUUGGCCCCCACAGAGUUCAGCACCAGCCCUUACAUUGUUCUCCACUUGAGAACUAUUGGUAAAAAAGAGGUAUGCGUUCACUUCUUUUAUCCAAAAAGUAUUUUUAAUUUUGAGCACUUAUUUUAAAGUUACAUAGAAUAUAGAUUUAUGAUGUAUUUCAUGCAAAGAAGCAGUUAAGGUAUUUUUGAACUGCCUGCAGCUUUUAAUUUGUAUUUGAUUGGAUUUUGCAGCUGUAGUUCACCUCACUAUUUGACCAGUGACAUUCCUCUAGCAUGAAUACUUACACUAACCCCCCACCCAACCCCCCAACAUACUCCUGCACUUUAUGUACAUUUAACAUGAUAAACCUAUUUUCUGCUGUAUAACGGCAUACCUCUCUUGCCCAGUGUGUGCAAAAGAAAGUAAAGCUGUUACUAAACUGCAUGUAAAAUUCAUCAUCAAAAUUGCAAAAUAUUUUAAAAUUUGUUUUCAAAAUGGUGAUGUCAUCCAUCUCUCAGCCUCAGCCUGCUGUUAGAUAAUUGGAUAAAUAACCGCUUUGGGUUUUGCCAAUUAAACGUGGUUUGGCAAGCACGUGUAGUGUUUUAUUCAAUACAUCACAUGAAUUUUGAAGUGUCUGAUCAUGGCUUCAUUUGAAUUCAUUAUGACAUUCUUUUUGCCAUGUUAGCAGCAUGGCUCUAGGGAUGGCAAUGUCGGUCAUUUGAUCCAUCGCUUUGGUCGAGACUGAAAUAUCUCAGCAACUAUUGGUCUAAUGAGGCUUUUGUGACCCCAAAACUUUUCCUUUGGUGCCACCAUUAGGUUGAUAUUUGUUUUUUUAAGUGAAAUAUCUUAACAACUGUUGGGCUGGAUUGUCAUGAAAUUUUGUACAAGUGUUCAUCUUACUCUCAGGAAUUGUAAUAACUUGGGUAAGCCUUUCAUUUGACAUCCAAAGCCAUCAUCUUCUGGCGGUUAUUAAUGUACAGUACUUGUUUUCUCCUUGUUGUUAAAGCAAUUUCUUACUUAUUUCAUACAGCAAUGUGGGGGUUGCAAGUUUCCAGUACAGUAUAUAUUAAGCAUUUAUUGAAAAUGA